AGUUUUGAUUUUGAAUUUGUGUUCAAGUGUCGAAGAAUAGUUCUGUUACUGGUUAUCCUUUGUUGUGUUUGUUGUAAAACACUAGAUGCCUCCCGUGUGGUUGUAUCAAGCUAUUACAAGAUCGCAUUAGUAUCGUCGUAAGUAUUCGCCACGACCGCUAUUCACUACCAUAUUCAAGUACAGUUGCCUUCUCUCAUUUGAGUAUAUCUUCAAAAAAAAGAACUAAAAUGUUGUUCUGUGAAGCAGAGGCAGUGGUGGACGCCGCGGGCGCGAUUUUCCCGACUACCAUUGAGGAAAAGUGCAGUCACCUCGAAUGCCGCCCGGUUGCGGUCUUUUCGCAGGAGGCUUUUGACGCACUGACGACGCCUGCUAGUAGUUCAGCUUCGGAGAUGUUGGUGGACCACACUGUAGUAGGACGUCGAUUAUCUGCGUCUUCUACAGCAGUGCAGGGAGCCGCUCUCGACGCGACCGCCCAAGUAAUCGUCCGAUAUUCGGUCAUCAAAAACGUCUGCUUUAUCGUGGCCUACUUCCGUCAAACUGGUUGUACCACAGCUGGUGAAAAUUAUAAUCGGGAUGUAGUAGCUACAGGCGUAGAACAAGCUGCAGACAAACUGCACUGUGUGAUGGAACAAAGUACAACAGACCGCGACCAGAACAAGACCACUAAAGGGCAUGAUGUGGUACACCUGCCUCCGCAAGAGGAGCUUCUCCUCCAGUUCGCAGCCUGCACCUGCAACGUACUCGUUUACAGCGGCGAGGGGGGCAAAAGUGACAUAAUUGAUCCCAUCUUCCAAGCGCCAUCAACGCAGCUCGUACUACGCAGAUUGCGGCGGUUGCGCGGAAAGCCGAUUGUGGUGGACACGAGUAGCGGCACCGCCGGGAGAAGUACAACUCCAGCGAGUGCCUUUGUGCAUGAGAAACUAGAAGAUGCGAACCCGAACCCGGCGCCAGAAGGAAAUGGAAAUGAUAAUGAACAUCAGGCCGUCGUCGUGUCUUUGGCCAAACACGUUUUCAACUGCGAGUUCAUAUCGGAUACCAGCGACCCAGGGUUGGAAUGGAGAUCCAACGCCGACCGCCUGCGCUUGUUCUUUCUGAAAAGCCGUAGUACGUCGCAGCUGAACGAUCAUGAUCUAUUUCAUCCAGGAGGACAUCAGAACCCGCUUUAUCCGCUGUCCGGCAGCGGGUCGAACAGGCAAUCCGGUUGUAGCUCGUCCCUGACGGUCCGGCAGUGGUUCGGCCUGUUACGAACCUACGGCGGGUUUUUGCUCGGAGGCGGUAGGCCAAACGACCAAACUGCGCUCCUGCAGAUGUUGAACAACGGCUUUGAGGCGCACUGGAUCAGGUCGUUUGUGGAGCCGGAAAUUUCCGAAGCCUCCACCAUCGCGGCUUUUCACUGGAACAGGUACGAGCCCUUUUAUCGUAUAGAAAAACUGUCUCAGUGUCAAAGCCUUGCAAUUUCACCAUUACAGAUUCCCUCAGCAUGACACGCAAAAUCUGUGAUGCGUCAGAUGCAAGAGUGAGAAAAUGCGGACCUAUAUACAAAGUGCCCUUUUAUUCUUCUUGUGUGUGUUGUCGGGCAUGACAAAAAAAAGUCGCAAGGAAGUUUCGCAUCACAAGCUGAGACUGCGACAGUUUUUUCUCGCGACACCUUUCUGUUCUCCAUCAGUCGCCAGCGUCUGACGAACAACCGCAGACUGCAACUGCAGCGGCAGCAGUUCGCGAACUUGAGCCAGAAUAUAUCCUGAGUAAAAACGUACCCACACCAUAGUCAAGUUGGGGAAUCGGCUAGACAAAUCCACAAGUUUUGGCUGUUUUGCAUGACAAAUUUGGACUCGUAUUGUAGUGCUGUUUGAGCUAGCUCAGGAGCAUCACAGAUCUAGCAUAUCAUGCUGAUUGAAGCAUGACAAAUUGCAAAACACGACUAUAGAAUGCUUCUCAUGGGGCUCCGCAUGAGAAACAUUUUCAGCAUGCAGAUUUGCAUUACAACUAUGGGGUGGGUACGUUUUUACUCAGGAUACCGAUACGGACCGUACAACGGCCAGCACGGGUACUUGCUGUCCAACCAGAUGUAUCAAAUGCAAAUGUGUCUGGGUCUGGAAGAUUUAAACUUGUGAUGCUGUCUCUGGAUUCGAAAAAAUUUUGUAUUGCAUGACCAGUAAGAGGAGUAGCCAGACUUUGUGCUCCGCGGAGAUGGCAUUUGUCAUGCGGAAUAGGCAUGAGGAAGCGCUCUAAAAAUCUGUGAUGUUAGGCCAUGCAUUACAGGCAUUCUGGAUCAUGCAAAAUAUGCAAGACAAAUCUUGCAAUCUCCCAGACCCAGACAUUUUUGCAUUUGAUAAGAUGAUCCCCGCCCCUCAGCUCCUCCCCACCGUCUAUCCUGCGUAAAGACGUUCGUUGCCACCACCCCAUAGAAUUCUGUCAACAAGUCGGGAGCUCGGCAACUACACAAAUCCAGAAGGUUUAUUGGGAGAAGUCACGCAUGACAACUUUGUUGUAUGUGUAUCUGUAGCACGGUAGCACAGGUUACCAAGCGGACAGGAGCCACAUGGCAAAGCCAUUUGCUCAUCCUGCUUACAGCAGAUUUACAAAUGCUGAAAGAACAUGGGGAUGAGAAAUCAUCACACAUGUUGCUGUACUAUUGGGCAGCGUUAAUUACGAAAUAUGAAAACUGUAACUCUUUGGCGUGGGCCCCGUUCAUUUUACUCAGGAUGCAGUUUAUCCAAGAAAAAAACAUUGUAGGUGUAACUUUUAUUUUGGAGGAACAGCGUUACAAAUUUGUCUGGCAUGACAGCAAAAACCUGUCAUGCGCAGAUAGUACGCGAAAACGCCCUUUAAUGGACCCUACGAUGCAUGCCAAGCAUGACAGACGCAAUCAUUUUGCAUGUUGCGCAUCACAAAUUUACACUAACAACGUUUUUUACUCAGGAUGCAGUCUACUCGGAGAUCAGUAUGAUCUCCGGACACGCGGCUUCGGUGAGCAGCCCGUCGGAGGGCGCGACCACAGAGUUCGGCAUGUCCAGCGCAUCCUUUCGAUUCGACUUGGAGCACGGCCUGCCGAUGUCCACAACCCAGCUAAGCAGGGUGUUGCUACAAAAAUCCCGUUCCGGGAGUCCUAGUGCUGGGGUGGGCGGAGGAGGUUCCUCGUUCGGACAAGCAGGGUUGAACAUGCUCGGGUCGUUGAGCGGAACUGCGAGCAAGCAAGUGCCGCCGUCGUUGAUGUUGGGCUCCUCGGCGGCGAAGCAGCGGGCUACGGGAGGCUUGAGCGGUUUCGCAUCUUCGUCUCAGGGCGACCAGAUGAUAAAUAAUUCGUCCGCGUUAACACCUACCGAAGGAAGAUCAUCGGCCGAGCAGGUUGCUCCGCAAGUGAUGGAGGACGAACAGGAAGAGCGCGUCACCGUGGUGGUGCAGCAUCAGGGAAGCUUCGGGCAGGAUUCCACUUCCGACCAAGAACAGAACAACUACCCGGAGACUGCUCUUCUUGCCUCCGGCUACCACAGCGGGAGUAGCCCGGCUAGCCGGUUCUUUUCCGACGCGGAGUCCGGGUCGGGAGUGGGCGGGACUAAACAUGACAAAGUCGAGCAGGUAGAAUUUAAAAAUGGCGAAGCGAUACACUACAUCAGCCAGAACAAGAAGAUCGAGCAAGAGGAGGGCGAACAAAGCGACUUGCUAGAGGAGGACGAGGCCGAUAGGAUUUCGCUGCCAACUAUCAUAUGUAAAAACGUCCACACCCCAUAGUCAAGUUGGGACCUUAGCAACACAAGUCCAGAAACCUUUGGGAGCCACGCAUGACAAGUUGCAAUCCGUAGUUUAGUUCAUGUUAGCGAGGACAACCGUAUCACAAAUUUAUCUGCUUAUCCUGUUUACAGCAUUACAAAUUCCAAAAUGCGAUUGGAAACGCUUCUCACGGAGACGCGCAUCGCAAAUCUUCCUGUAAUCGCAAACCUGCAUGACGACGAUGGGGUUGGGACGUUUUUACAUAGGAUAUCAACGACCAGUAGUUCUUCGGAUGGAGAAGAGGAGGAUGCUCUUUUUGAAGAAUACCAACUGCAUGACGAAGUGGAUAAAGUUGUAAAAAAAGUAGAGCCCGGGCCCGCUCUGGCAACAGGAGACGUAGACCACGCAAAUGCAAAUCCUCGCAUUGUUGAGAAUCAGAACCAGGAGAUGACGUUGAACCCGCUGCAACACUCCCUCCCUGCUGUGCAAGAAACGUCGCAGAGCCGACAUCACGCGGCUCCCACGACGGUGCCCUCGCAGCUGCCCAGUCGCGAUUCGUCGAAAGUUGCGAGCCAAGGAGGAAGCAAAUCAACAAGAGACCAACGAAAAAAUAAGUCUUCUAGUACACCAACACACCUAGUACACGGCGCCAGCCAGCCACAGGUCAACCCGCGGCAGAAGCGAACGCUGUAUUACAUUGUUUUGCGCCGGCUGAAAAACAUCACAAAGCAGGAGUUUCGGAACCAAAUUCGGGACGUGAUGAGAACCACCACAAGGACCACUCUGCAAUUGCGGAUGCUCGGAAAUCACGACCUUCAUCAUGCCGGAAUAGGUGCAGCAGGUGUCGACGUAUGCACUGCAAAACUGUCGUACUUCUCGCACAGUUGAACGCAAAUAUAUACGUUUUCGCAGAAUGAAGUAUGAAGGAAACAAAAGUGCAAUGUGCAUAGAAUUACUAUGCUGAGUUCUUGCCAGACAUGUCAAACAAGAGCCGUCACUCAGACAACAGCACAAGAAGUACGGCAGUUUUGCAGAGGAUAAGUCAACGAAGCUGCUGCAGCUGUUAUUUUUAACCAGCGUGGAUCAACUACAUCUCAGGAACUAAGUACUGGGGAAAUUAUAAGUAGCACGACAGCAAAACCAUCGACGCCAAACUCCGCCCCCUUCAGCCGGCACUUGGUUUACCGGAAAUUUCAGGAAGAGAUCAUCGAUGUGAGGGAACAACUGAUCAAGCAAAAGUACCUGCAGUGGAUCGAGGACAUCGCUCCCCUCUAAUAGAAUUGAUAGCCGGAAAACUUCCCCGGAGACCUUCGAGGGACCGAAGCGCGAUAAUUUGGCAAACGAGCGGCGGGCGGGCGCGUGGGCCACCUGCUAGGGCCACGAGAGUGGCCCUGGCAAACUUCACCCGUUUCGCCUUGUUCCCCUGCUAGGGUAGUGAUCUCGCUAGUUUUCCUCAAGUUUUUACCACGAGACCAAGCGAGAAAUUAACAAAGCACGGCGCGACCACCUAAAGUGACUUCUCACUUCGAAAAAUUUUCACCCUGGCGUCUCAGUGUGAAAAUUUUCGCAAACUGAGAAGUCAGCGACUUCUGACUUCGAAAAAAUUCCCACUCUUGAGUCGGGGCCCCUUUUCGAAAAGUGAGAAAUCACUGAUUUCUCACGUCUCAAAAAAUCUCAACCCUAAAUCGAAAAGUGAGAAAUCAGUGAUUUCUCACUUCUGAAAAAUUCUCACUCGGGCGUCGCAGUCCCAGAUUGAGAAUUUGCAGAAAGUGAGAAGUCAGUGAUUUCUCACUUUUAAAAAAAUCUCACUCUAGUGGAGUCGGAGUCCCAGAGGGAGAAUUUUUCAAAAGUGAGAAGACAGUGGUUUCUCACUCCUAAAAAAAUCUCAAUCUGGAGGCGGGGCCCCAGGAGAAUUUUUGAAAAGUGAGAAAUCACUGAUUUCUCACUUCUGAAAAAUUCUCACUCUGGAGAGAGAAUUUUUGAAAAGUGAGAAAUCACUGAUUUCUCACUUUUCAAAAAUUUUCACUCUGGAAUCGGAUUGGUCACUUUUCAAAAAUUAUCUCUCUGGGAAUCCGAUUCAAGAGUGAGAAGUGAGAAAUCAGUGAUUUCUCACUUCUGGAAAAUUCUCAGUCUCGAGUCGGAGUCUCGUCCCCUCUUUCAAGAGUGAUAAUUUUGGAAAACUGAGAAGUCAGUGACUUCUCACCUGUGUUUCAAAGAAGAAACUUUUCAGUCGCGGGAUUGGUAGCCGGUCAGUGCUACCUUCUGGCUGUAGAAGACGCGCCACCGGUUAUCAAUCGGGUUUGUGGAAAAUCCAGAAACAAAAGCAAAAGCGAGAAGUCGCUUCUGAGUGCGAUAGCUCAUUCUUCCAAAAUGAAGGCCAAAGACUUUUCAGAAAUCAAUGCGCACUAGCUGCCGCCUCACUCCGUUUCGCGAAGACCUGAGGUUCCCCGAGAGACGGGACAUAAUAGCUCAAAAAGUUCAGGCGCGCCAUGGCGCCGCAGGAGCACUGAAGAGAAACAACUACAGUGACUACAUUUAUGAUAAUAGUGCUCAAGUAUUUGUACUACUGACCGCUGUCGCACGCUGCUGCCAUUCGAACGAAAAAGCACGCGCGAGCUCAUCGAAUUUGCGCGAUUUUUGUCCCUCGAAGUCGUUCGGAGAAGUUUUCCGGCGAAGAGGGGGGGGCUUUUGCGAGUCAUGAAAAGUGCCUGCAGUGGAUCGAGGACAUCGCUCGGGAGGUUCUAUAUUAGCGUGGCUGGCAGGGCGGGGCAGAUUUCUUGGGUCCCUUGUCUUCGGGGGCCGCGCGCGGGCGUCGCUCCUGCCGCCGCGGCGAGGUUUCCUUGCGCCCCGCGGUUGAAGCUGCGACCUUGUUCGGCAGUUGCGCUUCGGGUGCGCGCCAAGCGCAUGGGGCGCAGAUGGCAGUUUCUGGGCUAAGAAGCACAGGCACGUGGGGUCCGGGGCGCUUCGUAUGGCCGCAGCGUUUGCAGGAUCUGGGGCGGACCCCGGCUGUCUUUUCGACCGCUCCGUGCGCCCGGGCGCGUGCGGCAGGCGGGCCCGUGUGUGGGGCAGUUCCUUUGUGGUGGAGGUCUGAUUUCGCGGCAGCCAAGUUCUUGGCAUGCCGACUCUAGUGACCCGUGGGAUUUUGGGGCCUUUUGCCGCGGUGGCAGCCGCGAGUCGUUAAUUCUAACGUAAGGCGGCCGGGAUUUUCUUGGACAGGGCGGGGCGCAAAAAGUUUCGCGGCCCGGCGAUGUAUAAUCGCCUGUGGGGGUGGGCGCCGCCGUUCUCUUGGGCAGGGCUUCUAUUUGGUGCUUGCGCGGGGGCUACAUAGUCAUGGGGUGGCGCUGGUGCUCGUUUACUUCGUCCUUGCCUGUGUGGGGCAGUUCCCUGUCAUGGGUGCUGCCCGUGCCGUAUUGGCACAAUUGGAUGGGAGGAUGGAAGCGCGAAAGCGCCGCUCGCUCCGUCCUGCUUGCCUCGAAAAAGGGCUAGGGGAUGUUUGGUUCUUCCGUGGCUUUGCUUUCGACGUUGCCCUCUCUUUUUGUGGCCGGGGCAUUGGCAGGUCGCAAAAAAGCGCAGGCAUGACCCAGGUGUCGGGAAAAGGGGCAAACUGUUCAUCAUUGCCCCGCACCGAACGGGCGGGCCAGGCGCCGCGGGCGUUGCCAGCCUCUCAUGGCUGUACGGGGUGAGGCGCAGCUCUCUAUGGGCGCUGGCAUUCAUGUUUCAUUUUGUUUGUCCUGCUAGACAUGGUGUGUAGCUGCUUAUUCCGUACGAGGGCGUUUAUUUCGGUAUAUCGAGUACCUGCAGUGGAUCGAGGACAUCGCUCGGGAGGAAUGCAAACUGUUCGCCGCAACGCUGCAACAGGCGAUGAAACGGUACGAACGACAGCGGACUUUUGACGAGGCUGCGCUCGCCGGAGUGGUCGCGACUACAGGUGGUGGUAGUGGCACGAAGAGUGGUACUAUCGCAACUGUAGCAGGUGGUCGUGCAACGAGAAAUAUGCUGUGCAAAAGUAUUGCACUACUUAGUAUAAAUUGCAUUACAUCAAAUUCACUUCGCAUUACAAAUUAAAUUUGUAAUGCGGAUUUGCCUUAAAAAAGAGAUUUGUAAUGCAUAAACGCAAUCUUCAGUACGAGUACGAUACUUUUGCAAUGCAUAAGAGACGGUACGUCUUCCACUUCUGGCGCGACUACAACAGCGUCCUCGUCCAAAACCCCCGUGUUGAUUGAACAGGGCGCCACCGCGCUGUCUGGGUUGUUGUCGAUGCGCCGACCGAGUAACGUUUCCCCGAUGACGACGAUCGAGCGGAUCCGGCAGCAGAAUAUGGGAAAUAAAACCGCGAAAAACGGAAUAAAUGGUGCGUCGACAGCAUCCUCUAAAAACGGGGGGAAACUGAAAAACGGGUCUGGUUCAUCUGCUGCUGCACUAUCAAAUGUAAAAAUGUCUGGGUCUGGAAGAGUGCAUGUUUGUCAUGCUUGUCUGGCAUGACUCUCAAAUCUGUCAUGCACCUUACCCAAGAGCGCCAUUUUUCUGUCAUGCAGAAACGCAGUUUGUCAUGCAGAAUAGGCAACACCUAGAAGCUCAGAAGCUUGUCAUGCUGAGCCAGCACUUGUGGCCUCCUCAUGAUACGCCACCCAGCAUCACAAGUUUCCAGACCCAGACACUUUUGCAUUUGAUAUGCACCCACGGCUGCCGAGAUAAAACAGGAGAUGAGGGAGAAGGAACGGCUGCACAAGCGACACAUGACCACGCUGCUGCUAGUAUCAAAUGCAAAUAUGUCUGGGUCUGGAAACUUGUGAUGCUAAAAUGUGGAUGAUGGAAACAGUUCCGAAUGCAACCAAGCAUGACAACUUUCCAGAACGCUUCCUCAUAGGCAAUCCGCAUGAGAAACUGCUUUUUUGCAUGUACAAAAGAGGCUGCGACUUUUGUUGGUAUAUGCAAUACAGAUUCAUUUUCUAGGUAUGUAAAGCUCGCAUUACAAGUCCCAACCUUCCAGACCCAGACAUAUUUGCAAUCCAUAGCUAGAUUCCUGGUGGAGUUUGCUGGAGCUGUUUUCAUAUGCAUCUUUGCAAAAGUAGUAUCGUACAACUUCCCGCAGUUCGUUCUCGUUGUCGGAACAAAUGCAUUUUUCGCAAAUUUUCACAUCUUCUCGACUUCUAUGCAGAGUACUAAGUGGAAUCAUAAUCAUAAUUUGGAAUGCGUUACAAUUCACCUUCAGAACAUAGAUUUGUGAUGCGUAUUGUCAUUCGAAACGCGUGCGAUACAACUUUUGCAGUGGAUAUUUCGGUUUUGAUCAAUCCCGUAGUCGACGCUGACAAUGCGAUUGUAUGCAAGAAAAAAACACCAGAAUCACAGUCGCUUUUGCGCACUUCUGCAAUACAAUUUUUUCACGUAAACAUGCAUCACAGACAGCACAGAGAGUCGCGCUUGAUGCAUAAUUUUGCUUGUGUCUCUGCAGUAGUACAAGAAAAACUCUUCGUUCCAGAGUCCUCUGACGCAGAACUUGCACAACUGUGAAGACUGCGAUGUUGAUGUUUUUUUGCUGAAUGCGUUAGCUUCAACUUUUUCUCAGCUCCUAUGGCUGCUGCGAAUAAUCCAUCCACCGGUGCUGGCGGUGGUGGUGUCCUGAGUAACAAGAACGGGAGCGGCGGGGGUACUGGCAGUAGCAAUUCGACGACCUCUACGGUCGCCGCAAAUGGGGCUUCCUCCACGAUCGCGGCUGCAACCGAGCGGGAGGAAAAGUCCUCGUUUUACCUUCACUAUUUGCGGCAAAACGAGAUGCUAUACGGACGGCUGCACGUGUUUUACGGAGAUCUCUUUCUGGACGAACAGAAAAUGAAAUCUUCUUCCGCGGCCACUUCUACCCCCAAAAAAGGGGGUAAAUCGCCCCCGUCGAAAAAAAGUAAUAAAAACGGCACUACAGGAGAAGUAGAGCUGCAGCAGCAUUAUAUGACCAUCCCGAAGAAUAAAUUCCGGAACACCGACGGGGCCCGAUCGCCACAGUCGAACGCAAGCGGGUUUUCUUCGCAAAGUGGAAAAUCAGCUAGCUCAUCGGCUUCCACGACGAGAAAAUUUGGGUUUUCCCGGGCCGAAAGCUCCUCGCUUCUCUUCCCGACGGAGCUGCGGGUGGGAGUAAAAGCUUCAAUGUCUUCUACAUCGGAGAAUAACAAUAAGUCCCAAUCCGGAAGAACAGAUGAUGGUCAACAUCUCGCUGGACCAAGCAGCUGCGAAAUGAUCGAUAGUAAAAACACUGGGGCCGCUGGAGGUUCUGGUGUGGCCACCGGUUUCUUUUCCUCUUUGGUUGAGGAAGAGAAGGUGCUGGAAAGAGUUUGGGCUGAAGUAGUUUCGCCGGUCCUGCAGGUGGACGAGAUGAGGAGCGACAACACACCGGCUGAUAUUUGUGCUUCUAUUAGAAGUGCCGGUCUACUGAUCCUGAAGGCAGAGGACUUUGAGAAGGUUGGGACUUUUCAAAAAUGCAACAAGUGCCGGUGCUGGAGGGGGUGAUAAGAAGUGAGAACUUACUUAUUCAUCGGUACGAAGAUCAAUCUUCGUGAUGAAAGGUCAGUCUGUGUAACAUCUUCAAGGACGUGGGAACAAGAAACGAACUAGUAAACGCAGCAGCCUCAGGCUCUUCACGUUCACUCAAGAUCUUGUACUUCUUCUCGCAAUAAAACGCUGGAGCCGUCGGCAGAAGGACAUAAAAAGUAAGGGCGCUGCUUCGAUUGAUCGUGAAGAUCAAGAUUUCUCUUCUUUCCAUGUCCUCUUGCCGAGCUGCUCCCCAAUAUAUGUUCAGCGAUGUCUGUAGCUGCAAGCAACUACUUUGAAGAUGCG